GGAGUGGAGCUGAGGAAUUUGAAAGUCAGAGAUUCGGGAGUUCAAUCUGCUCUUCCUGACUCCCGGUGUCUCAUUUUUAAGCCUCCUUAUAGAUUUUGGGAGGUGAAGGGCCGAGAUUACGUUACCACCAAAGAACAUGAUUUUGGUCUAGGGGCUCCAUUUUCUGAACCUGAAAAAUACCAGAAUACUCUCCAGCUAGAGCAAGAAGUGAGAAAUCAAGACCAAUUCAUCUCUGCACUGAAAUUACAGGUUGAAGAUCUCAAACAGACAAAUCAUGGCUUGGAAGAAUAUGUUAGGAAACUCUUGGAUAGUAAGGAGGUGGUAAGCAGUCAAAUAGACGAUUUAACCAGCCACAAUGAGCAUCUUUGUAAAGAAUUGAUUAAAAUUGACCAACUAGCAGAGCAACUAGAAAAAGAAAAAAAUUUUGUGGUGGAUACCGCUGACAAAGAACUUGAAGAAGCAAAGAUUGAACUCAUUUGCCAGCAAAAUAAUAUAAUAGUAUUGGAAGAUACAAUAAAAAGGCUUAGAUCUAUAAUUUUAGAGACUGAAAAAGCACAAAAUAAAUCUCCUUCUAGACUUGAUUCCUUUGUCAAGACUUUAGAAGCAGACAGAGAUUAUUACAAGAGUGAAGCUCAAAAUUUGAGAAAGAUGAUCAGAAGUAGAUCUAAAAGUCCAAGACGCCCGUCUCCAUCUUCUCGGGGUACAAACUGUGAUGUAGAGCUUUUGAAGACAACAAGAGACCGUGAAGAACUUAAAUGCAUGCUGGAAAAAUAUGAGCGUCAUUUGGCAGAAAUUCAGGGUAAUGUCAAGGUUCUUACAUCUGAGAGAGACAAGACCUUUCUUCUUUAUGAACAGGCACAGGAAGAAAUUGCCCGACUUCGACGAGAAAUGAUGAAAAACUGUAAGUCUCCUAAAUCAACAACAGCACAUGCCAUCCUCCGACGGGUGGAGACUGAAAGAGAUGUGGCCUUCACUGAUUUACGAAGAAUGACCACAGAACGAGAUAGCCUGAGGGAAAGGCUAAAGAUUGCCCAAGAGACAGCAUUUAAUGAGAAGGCUCACUUGGAACAAAGGAUAGAGGAGCUGGAGUGUACAGUUCAUAACCUUGAUGAUGAACGUAUGGAGCAAAUGUCAAACAUGACUUUGAUGAAGGAAACCAUAACCACUGUGGAAAAAGAAAUGAAAUCACUAGCAAGGAAGGCAAUGGAUACAGAAAGUGAACUUGGAAGACAAAAGGCAGAGAAUAAUUCUUUGAGACUUUUAUAUGAAAACACAGAAAAAGAUCUUUCUGAUACUCAACGACAUCUUGCUAAGAAAAAAUAUGAACUACAGCUUACUCAGGAGAAAAUUAUGUGCUUGGAUGAAAAAAUUGAUAAUUUUACCAGGCAAAGUAUUGCCCAGAGAGAAGAAAUCAGCAUUCUUGGUGCAACCCUCAACGAUCUGGCUAAAGAAAAGGAAUGCCUACAAGCAUGUUUGGAUAAAAAAUCUGAGAACAUUGCAUCCCUUGGAGAGAGUUUGGCAAUGAAAGAAAAGACCAUUUCAGGCAUGAAGAAUAUCAUUGCUGAGAUGGAACAGGCAUCAAGACAGUCUACUGAAGCCCUAAUUAUGUGUGAACAAGACAUUUCCAGAAUGCGUCGGCAAUUGGAUGAAACAAAUGAUGAGCUGGCUCAGAUUGCCAGGGAAAGAGAUAUCUUGGCUCAUGAGAAUGAUACUGUCCAAGAACAAUUUUCUAAAGCCAAACAAGAAAACCAGGCCCUGUCUAAAAAAUUGAAUGAUACACAUAAUGAACUUAACGACAUAAAACAGAAGGUCCAAGAUACUAAUUUGGAGGUUAACAAGCUGAAGAGUAUAUUAAAGUCUGAAGAAUCUGAGAACCGGCAAAUUAUGGACCAACUCCGAAAAGCCAAUGAAGAUGCUGAAAACUGGGAAAAUAAGGCCCGUCAAGCAGAGGCAGAUAACAAUACCCUCAAAUUAGAACUUAUUACUGCUGAGGCAGAAGGUAACAGAUUAAAAGAAAAAGUAGAUUCUCUCAACAGAGAGGUCGAGCAGCACUUAAAUGCAGAAAGGUCUUACAAGUCCCAGAUUUCUACCUUACACAAGUCUGUUGUAAAGAUGGAAGAGGAACUUCAGAAGGUUCAGUUUGAAAAAGUGUCUGCCCUUGCAGAUUUAUCUUCCACAAGGGAACUUUGUAUUAAACUUGACUCAAGCAAAGAACUUCUUAAUCGACAGCUGGUUGCUAAAGAUCAAGAAAUAGAAAUGAUGGAGAAUGAGUUAGAUUCUGCUCGCUCUGAAAUAGAACUCCUCAGGAGUCAGAUGACAAAUGAGAGAAUCUCUAUGCAGAAUCUAGAAGCUUUGCUGGUGGCCAAUCGAGACAAAGAAUAUCAGUCUCAGAUAGCGCUUCAAGAAAAAGAAUCUGAAAUUCAGCUUCUCAAAGAACACCUUUGUUUGGCAGAAAGUAAAAUGGCCAUCCAGAGUAGAGAUGUGGCCCAGUUCAGAAAUGUUGUAACACAAUUGGAAGCUGAUUUAGACAUUACCAAACGACAGCUAGGGACAGAGCGCUUUGAAAGGGAGAGGGCCGUGCAAGAACUUCGCCGCCAGAAUUACUCAAGUAAUGCUUAUCAUUUGAAUACUACCAUGAAGCCAAGUACAAAAUGUCAUUCACCAGAACGUGCUCACCAUCGAUCUCCUGACCGAGGCCUAGAUCGAUCAUUAGAAGAGAAUCUUUGCUAUAGAGAUUUCUGACAUGCGAAAAGAUUCUUCACAUCCUUGGGAAAGGUCAAAGUUACAAACGUUUUUUUUGCUAUAUGAUUGCAUUUAUCUUUUGAAUGCUUGACAAUGUUAAAUGUAUUUAUUAACUUUGUGCCUCUGAAUCUGUGUUCUCAUGUGCCAUAUCGCGGUGGUCCAAAAUGAUGUAUAGAAACAAAAAUGCAUAUGGCUCUUUCUAUCCAUGCAGUAAUAGUGAGUGUAAAAUCUGCUUACUUCACUAUUGAACACUGUUAUGUUAACUAUCCGGAGUAAAUAAAGAAGCUUAUAAAAAGA